AUGUGGAUGGUCAAAUUCAGUUGUGGCAACACCAAUCUGGAGCGCAUUCCUUCUCAAGAUGUUAUCGAUUUGGAUAUUACCUAUAAUCAGGACGAAGAGUCCAGAUUCGUAUCGAUCAAUAAUGGAGUGACUGUUAUUCGUUUUUUCAACCAAGGAAGGAGUGAAUCGAAGACUUCUUUCAAGUAUAAUUCGUUUGUACCCUUGUUAACCCUUUUUUACCGCAGAAUCCUCCCCCGGGUGCGAAUAGAUCUGGAUGGUACGUUAGGAGAGCAAUCCCUCUACCCUUUUUCGCAUUACCUAUCGAAUCGCGUUCGAGACGUUCUGCAUCAGCUUCCUAUUGCCACUAUCAAUGCUCCUCCGAUGCUUAAUCCGCUCCACCAAAGCUGUUCCUCCUAUCUCUCCUCUCUGCCCCUCAUUUCGCUCUCUUCCACUGAGGAAUGUUCGAUUUGCGAAACCGAAUACGCGCCCAACGACGACAUCGUGAAGCUCCCGUGUGGUCAUGCAUUUCAUCUCGCCUGUAUCUCCACCUGGGGCGAAAAACACAACAGCUGUCCGCUUUGUCGUUCCGUGAUCCAGCCCCCAGGGCACAUCCCAGCCAGACCGGCAAUCGAAGCGGAUCCUCGCUUGGAAGCGCAAAUCGAGCUGCGUAGUGAAGAAUUGGAGCGUCAAAUCGACGAUCGAAUUUCGGAGUUGGAACGCGAAGUGGAGACGCUGACCGACGCACUCGAUGAGCUGAUUCAACGCCGAGACGACGAUCUAGCAUCGUUAGAAGAUGAGAAGGGGAGACUGCUCGACUUCUUGGAGAAUCGGCGGGACUUUCUGGAAGAACGCGUGAGCUGUGUGGAGCAGGAGCGCGAUCAGCAGAUCGAAGGAUUGUGGGACGAGAAGAAUUGGUUGCAGGAGAGUCUGUUGCUACAGCAAGAUAAUUUGCUUCUAGAUAUGGAUAAUAAGCGAAUGUUGUUUGAAAUGGAAGUGGAUAGGCGAUGGGAGAAUGAUGAAAUGGCGAGAAACGAAGCGUUGAAUCAGUUUAACGCGAAGCAGCAAGCUCGUUUGGACGAAUUCAAUUCGAUGAUGGAGAAGCGGCUGAAGGCGUUCGAUGCGAAGAUCGAGGAGGUGAAAGAGUCGUUCGAUUCGCAGAUCAAAACGCAGAGAAGAGUGUUUGAGUCAGAAAGGCGAUACUGGAUAAUUUUGAGGAGCAAAAGCAAGCGUUGGAGAGUCGGAAGAGAUCGUUUGAAGCGGAGAUUCGAACGCAACAAAUGGCGAAGUUGA